GCCCCACAAUCCGCGAAUCAUACAUGUGGGACAUUGUUUACUUUCUCAUCAUCUGCAAUCUGUACUCGCUCUAAAUUUUCACUCGUGUUUUUUUAUUUCCAAUUGAAAUCAUGGCAAAACAGUGUAACACUACCUUGACCAACUAGGAGAGGAAAUGUCAUCCUCCAUGGCGACGACGACGAUCACGGCAUCAUUUGGAGGGGGAGGACGAUGUUCCCUCUGUCUUAUCCAAUUACCACUCCCCCCGACGACGGAACAGGCUUACUUGCUCCCCACCUUUCUCCGCCAACUCGUCGCCUUGGUCGGUUUCGAUGUGACACUCCCACUCUGCGACCGUUGUCAUGGCGACGUCACCUCCGCUAUCGACAUUCUUCGACAACUGGACAAACUGCAGAAAACGUUACGUCGCGGCGUGGAGGGAAUAAGGGACAAGAAGAAAGUUAAGAAGGAAUUGGUCGCUCCUAUUUUAAACGGUAUGGAGGACAAGGUCGCUCUGACCCCAGAAGCAACAAUAUCGUUUAAUCCACCACUAAAGAAUGAACACGUCAAUGCAGAAAGUAUCGUACCUACGCCACGGGUUGAAAUUUCUCUCCAAACGGUCGUGCCAUCGUCUUCGUCACCGACUGUGUCGUCACAACCAGUUCUCACUCUGUCCACCGAAGGUUACUAUUUAGGACCGGUACCAUUCACCCCAACCACUCCUCCGAUACCACACCAAACGAGCAAUUAUCAAGAACAACCUGUACAAAAUUGUUACCAGCAAGAUAUCGAGAAUGGUGACCAGGAUCCCGACCCAGAAUAUUUUCCUGAUAAUUCUCCUCAAAAUGACGACGAUGACGAUGACGAAAUAAGUGACCACGCUGAAGAGAAACAACCCUGGCCCGUUAUGUCGCCACAAAAUCGACACUCUGGAAGUGACAUUUUACCACCACCCCCCUCCAGGGCCGGUCCAAAUCAGAGGGCGCUAAAACCCACAAGAAAACGUCCCGGCCCGUGGGACCCAGAAAAGAAAGCUCUCAUCUUGGCGAAAAGGAAAGCCGCUCAGGUCGAGGUUCUCGGCCCGAUCGAAACCGCUCCGGAUGGACGGUUGUACUUUGAGGGGGUCGAAAUCAUUAAAGUUGGGAACUCCUACUCUUGCUCAGCCUGUGACUGGAGCGACGCCAAAAUGUCCACCUUGGAGCCGGAAAAAUGUGCCAAUUGGGCGAAAGUCCGUGCCAUCAAGUUGCACGUGCGAGGCAUACAUUUACGUGCUUACCGCUGCGACCCGUGUGGCAAACAUUUUACUUGCCCUAGAUCGCUAAGGUCGCAUUUGGCGUCGAAACUACACGCCGAAAAUGUGCCCACCACCUGCCCCAUUUGCGCCAUCACAUUGCCCAAAGUUAAGUUGGAUUCGCACCUCUUUUCGCACAAAAGUCCGGCAGAGCAGGAGGCCGAGCUUGCGGCGAAACCGGAGAAGCCGCGCCGACCAAAGAAGAAACCGUCGAAAGAACGUGUCAGGAUCCCACGGAAGAAACCUGUCGACCCAUCGACCCCUCGCCCCGCUCAAAGUAGAAAAGGUAUUAAAAGAACCCGUCCCUUCGCAAGACAUCCCAAAGUGCCCUGCGAAAUUUGCGGCCGUCCCAGCUCCGCCGUCUACAUGCCAAAUCAUGUCUGGUCGCAUAAGAGCGAAGCGGAAAAAGAAGCCGCCCGCAAAUUCGGUCUCGCACCGAAAAUUGUGACCCAGCCGAAACCGAUCGCCCCCCAUCCGAAGGUGGAGUGUCCCAUUUGCUCGAAAUUCGUGUGGAGAUUUUACCUUGACCGGCACAUCGAGACGCAUCAAGCCCCCGAGGAGCGCCGCACCUUCGCCUGCACGUGGCCUGGCUGUGACAAAAAGUUCAAACAGAAAGCCUUCAUGCGUGGCCAUGUCAAAUUCGUGCAUCAGACGGAAAAGGUUGACCACCACGUGUGCACCGCUCCCGGCUGCUCGAAACGCUACACUUCUCUGAAAACACUUCACCAGCAUGUCGCCACGUGGCACAAUCGAGCCUUGAAUUCUCACCAUUGUCCAAUCUGCAACAACUCCUUCUACAAAAAGUAUAUGUUCGAAAAGCACAUGAAAAAUCAUCCACCUGCAUCCGACCACACCCACUUCUGUCCCCAUUGCCCGAGAAAAUUCGUAAAUUCUAGUCUACUCCAGGGUCAUAGGACGCACGAGCAUGGGGAAAAGUUUCCCGAUAAAAAGAUAACACGCGUCCGACCCAAGAAGAAGAGGACCAAGGCCAGAAAUAUAAGGGAACAAUUGUCUUGCUCCGAAAGUGAAGAGGAGGAAUCCGACGAAGAAAAUUAUGACGUCAAAAACAUCCGGAAAACGACGCCAGUUUUACAUUUCGCCGCCUCCCAGCCCAGCUCCUGGCGGGGACGGACAUUAAGGUCAUUUCAGACCAAGUCGUCAGCCAUGUAGGAAUCGGUGGAGAAUUCGAAAUCGUUGUAUUAAGCUCAGAUUGAUAUACAUAUUUAAUUUGCUACUCCAAUAUUUUUCAUGAUUUUAUUUCGACGAGUACAUGCAUGUACAUGUUAUAAUUUGUCGUUUUGGAUUUGGCAUUGCAUUUAUAUUCAUGUAAUUUUACAAGAAAAUAAAAAUAUUACAUGAUAAUUAGUA